AUGAAUAAAUUGGAUUUGCAACAAAUUUGGAGAUUUGUCACUUAUGGCGAAAAUGGUUUUCCUGCUUCUGAAGCUCAAAAAACAGUCCGCAAUCACACUGUAUUUGCGGCUAUUGUAAGUAAUUUUUCAUCCAAUCAGGAAAUUUUAGAUGUAUUUUUCCAGAUCACACUUGCUUAUUUCAUCUCGGUUUUCUUGCUGAAAUUUUUCAUGAGAAAUCGGGAACCGUUAAAAUUGGAUCGGGCACUUCAAGUUUGGAAUUUGAUAAUUUCGAUUUUCUCAAUUGUCGCUUCAUUCAAAUUGUGGUUUCCAUCGUUCGAAUUUAUUCGGAGAGAUGGAUUUAUGGGUGAGAUAAUUAUAGAUAUUUAUCGAAAAAGGCCCUUUUUCGGGUCCGAUUCAGGCUUCCUGGAAGUUUCUCCAAGAUUUGGCUAGAAUAUCUUGUGGAAAAUUUCAGAAUAAACUUAGUUUUUUUUCUAGGCUCUCGGAACUUGUAAAUUUAGAAAAAAAUUUCGAUCAUCAAAAAUCUGAAAUUUCUAGAAUCUCCACAGCAAAAUUCAGAAAAACUUCUUUUUCAAAAAAAAAACGAUUAUCAAAAUCGAUUUUUGACUACUGUAGUUCAUUCAAUUCAUGAAAUUAAAUAGUUUAUAAACAUCUAAAAUACCUAUGACAGAAAACCUGGAAAAGCUUCUGACAAAUAGGACAAUUUUUUUUGAAUAUUCAAAAUUUUUCUUUUUUGCAGUCGGUUUUCAAUGUAAAUCGCUUUCGAAAAUGUCGACUUCACAAGAAUACUGGUUUUAUUUGUUGGUUCUAUCAAAAGCCGUUGAAUUUAUCGACACAUUUUUCAUUGUUCUUCGCAAAAAACCCUUGAUUUUCCUUCAUUGGUAUCAUCAUAUGGCAACUUUUAUGUUUUGCGUCUAUCAAUAUCCACUUCCAUCUUCGCAAUUUCGAGCGGGAGGAAUUAUAAAUGUUGCAGUUCAUGCGGUUAUGUAUCCGUGAGUUUAAAAUGGAAAGGGCCUGAAAUGACAGAUUUUACAAUUUGUAAAAUUUGUAGGCUGGCAAAAACAAUGCAAUUUUAGAAAUGUCAAAAAUUGCCACCCAGAAUACAAGUCACGUUUUUUUAAUGGUUCCAGAAUGCAAUGAUUUUUUGUAUUAGAAAUACCAGAAGGCAGUAAUGCAAUAAUACAACAUUUGUUGUUCAGCCAAAAUUUCAACAAUUCUGUGUUUCUUUUUUUGAGAAAAAAAGAAUUAUUCAUAGAAAACUAGUCGAACAUUAUAAAAAUCGAGGGAAAUGAAGCCGAAAAACCUAUAAUCAUAUUUUUUCGGUAUUUGGGGAAAAGUUUUUGAAGUUUUUCUUCUUGCAAUCUCUAUUCUCGUUAAUUUGCUACUUUUUGCUGCAAAGAUUGUGAAAUUUGGUUAAGUAUGAACGAUUUUAGCAUUUUUUGUGAAAAAACGAAAAAUGGUUUUGAGGUUGGAAAAAAAUUCACAAACCGCAGUGUUGUCUCGCGUCUCUCUUACCCGUCUCUAUCUCUCAUCUUCUCUCCUUUCGUCUUCGUCUCUUCUACACACAACACCUCGUUUAUUUUUUUAAAGGGUUGGUGCUCCGCCAGGGAAUCUUGAUUGGUUUAGAUAGGAAUAAGGUGCUCCUGGAAGGUUCCAGUUUUAGAAAAAAUUCUAGUAUCAAUUCAGCCCAUGUUUUUCCUCAAAAACACAAGCGAGUUAAAACCUACGAAAUAAAGCAAGUAAAUGCGCUCUAGCGCACAACUCGUUUUUGAAUUUUCGUGCGUGUGUUUGCACACAACUUUGAAAAUAACACGGUGACGCCUUUUUGCAGACGAUUUUUUCACCAGGAAAGCACCAACCCUUUAAUUUGGUUUUUUUUUCGUGAAAUCAGUAAAUUUCGCGAUUUUCAUCGAAAAUAUCAUAUAUGAGAGGAUAGAGAAACACAAGGCAAAGACAGAAAAAUAGAAUAGAAUUGUAAAAUUCAACGUCGGAUUUCAAAAUAUGAGCGAAAAACCUAUAAUCAUAGUUUUUUGGUUUUUAGAGAAAAGUUUUCUAAAAAAUAAUAAAAUUAAUCUAUAUUCAUGUAGGAUCCUAAAAACGUUUUGAAAGUAUGACUUGGAAAAUCAAUUUCCAAAAUAUAUUUUUUUUGCAGUUACUAUUUUGCUCGAUCACUUCAUCUUCGAGUUCCUGGAAUUGUUGCCAAACUUGUUACAAGCCUUCAACUUGUUCAAUUUCUCUCUUUUCUUAUUGGAAGUAUCUAUCAUUAUUAUGUGUAUUAUUUCCUCGAUGUUUAUCCAUGUGAUUCAUCAAUUAUUCAAGUUCACACUUCAACUUUCCUUAAUUCCUCAUAUUUUUUGCUUUUUGCCAACUUUUUCUUCAAAUCUUAUAUCGUCAAAGGUGGAAAAAACAAAUAUAAAUCAGAAUAA